AUGGAAACAAAAAGUCUUCAGGAAAAUAAGCAACCAAAAAAGAUGAAAUCUGCCAAGGAUAAGCAUGAAGUAUUUGUACUUCCUCCGGACCUUUUGAAGAAACUUGGUAUAAGUAUAGGUAACAUAAAUGUGAACCAAGUGAAUUCUUCUACACCUGCCGUUGAGCUGCCCAGCACUGACAAUAUCAAUGAUGGGUGCUUCGAAAAUAUUUCAGAUCGAAAUUGUAGUCAGAUACCAUCUGACACCUCUAUUUUGGAAACUGCAACAUUAAUGAAGAAAUCAGUCUUUUUGAGCCCUACAUUUAUUCCGACUAUUGCUAAUGGUAUUCCUGAAGAAGUCAAAAUUGCAAGCAAAAGUUUUGUUCCAGAAAUUGUUUCUGCAACUAACUUGGUAGGCACAGAACCUGUGAGCUCUAUUGAAGUUUUGAAUGUCUCUAAUAAUACUACAGACGAAUGUCUCAGUGGAGAUAAUACUGAUUUACACUAUGAUAUACCUUUUAAUGGAGUAUCAACAUCUUUGAUUGGAAAUGAAAUGGAAAUUGAAGAAAAUAUGAAUGUGGUUUUAGAUGAUCAUCCACCAGAAAUAGCAAACAGCGGUAUAAAUUCUUUGGUUGAUAACCAAUCAUUUGAAAUUAACAAUGAUAUAGAAUUGACCGUAAAUUCCACAGACACAGACCCCAAUCAAUUGUCUUAUAAUCACUCUAAUAAGGAAAUAUCAAAUACAUCUAAAAUAAACAUUAUUUCUGAAGAAACAAUCCCUCUUUCAAAACUUAGGGAACUGAAAUCUUUAAAAUUAUGUGAUGUGAAAAAUUUAACCCCCAUUACAGUGCAGUCAAUAAUUGAAGCGAAAACUAACCAUGAAAUCAGUAAGUCUGAAGAACAGAUUAAUAUUCCAAUCCUUACAGUGCCUUUACAAAAUAAAAAUACUAAACCAAGCUUAGAUUUAGAGGAGAAUGUUGAAAGCACACCGACUGAAACCACAAUUAACAAAAUAGCAGAAAAUACACCAGUUGUGAUUGAGGAGACUAAAAAACACACUAACAACAAAUCAGAAACAAAUGAAUCACGUAACAACAAGAAAAUACGUUCAAAUAAAAAUAAUUCUAGUAUUGUUAAGGAUGAUUAUAAUGUAAGUGAAAUUAUUAAAUCAGACAAUCUGUCAGACGGUCCAUCGAAGUUUGAAACAGUAACUAAACUGGUUACCACAGAAAUAGAAAACGAAAAUAUUUUCCAGAAUUGUAAUGGAAAGACUCAUGAGAAUGAGGAUUCCAAUUUAGAUCGGUCUGUAAAGCCCAAUAUUGUUAAAAAUAAAGAAUUAGAUGAUGUGGGAACAAACAAUAUUGCACAAACUGUUAUUGAGAAAAAACAUGGCAAGGAACCUCAAGUUAUGUCUAAAUCGAAAUCUACAAUUAAAACAGACCGUAAACAAUCUGAUACAGAACCCAAUGAUGAGAAAUCAGAACCUCUAGAGUUAGCUAGUAUAUUAAAUGCAACUAAAAAAUUGGCAGAUAAUAAUGCAGAAAUUAAAGUAGAGAAAGUUAAGGAGAUAGCUGCAUAUUUAAAGAAGUUUUCCCACAUUUACACAGAUAAAAAUAAAUCGAAGAAAGCAUUUCUUAAUGUUCCAAAUAAUAAGAAGACAAUUAAUUCAAAGACAAAUACAACUGAAUCGAAAUUAUGCAUCCAAGGAGUGGAAAAGCCUGGUGGUAACAAAAAAGAUAAUGAACACACUGGUGAGUGCAAGGUCAUUAAAACCUAUGCUAGGCAAAUUAUUCCGAAAAAGAGUAAUAAGUCCACACCUAAGUUGCAUGAGAACGUAAAACACGAUGUGAUGGUGGACCAGAAUGUGGAUGCAGUAAAUAUUGUGACAUCUAAUAAAACCCAGGAAUUAUGUUUGUGUUAUGAUUUUGGCCGUUUAGCUUACUAUGAUAGUGAUAAUUCAUAUGAGCACAUACAUUUUAAGAAUAAUAAUAAUGCUAAUUGUGAAUUAGCUACAAUAUUUUCUAUAUACAGUGAUGAGCCAAUUGUAAAUAGAGAUGGAAGUGACGUAGAUAAAGAGGAUAAGACUGAAGAAAAUGUAGAUAUUUCUAUUUGUUGGAAUUUAUUUCAAAACGAAUUUUGUGAAAAUAUUGAUGAUUCUGAACCAGAACCGUUGGUUCAUGAUUGUGUUGUAGAUGAAUGUAAUGAUGCUUCUUCUAGUGACAUUCAAGUGUCACCUGUUAAUAAUACAGUUCCGGCUACAAAUGAUGGAAUUGUGUCUGAAAUUCAGCCUGAGGUGCAUAUUGUAAAUAAUUCUGAUAUUAUUUUAGACACCAAUGACCAUGAUAUGGUUGAAGCUGAAACCAAAAAAAGCAAUAGUGUUAUAGAUGUAGGCAAGCCUUUGAGUACUAAUGUACAUGAUAGUAGCAGUUCUGCAGACAGUGGGCAUACAAGUACUACACAGGGAAGCCCUCGAUCUAAUGUUAUGCCCACUGCACCGCAAACAAAACCAGGAUCUUCAGAGAUAAGUAACAUCUUACCACAGACGUCCAAACAUGAUGCGAGUAAUAUGGAAGUUCAGAAAACUCCUGCCCAGGAAGCAAAAGUUGCUGCAACUAAACCUCUUCAAAAGAAUUCUCGAAAGCGAAGUUUCAUCGGUAAAGAUAAGGGUGAGCCGUCUUCAAAGAAGAAUAUAAAAUGUGCAAUUUGUGAAGACUUGUUUUCUCAUGCAGAAUGGGAAGACCACGUGGCCAAUGAGCAUGAUUUAAUCGCUUGGCAAGUUGGUGGUCGUAUUUAUUUGGACGAUCGAGAUUUAGUGCGCAAGUUGAAAGAAAAGUUGAAAGCCGAGGGCAAGUUGGUGUGUAGUUUAUGCGGCAUGACAACGAACAGAUUUAAUCGGUUCAACGAUCAUGUUAAAUACUGUAUAAAGAAAAAGAUGUCAGGGGAAAGUGAAAAAGUAGAAAAGCCAACGCGCAAAUCCAGAGCGCCAUUGGAAGAAAAUGUGACUUGUGGUGUGUGCGAUAAGACCAUGCUGUCGGAUCGGUGGUAUGACCAUAUAAGCAGGGAUCAUAACUAUUUGGCGUGGCAGAAAGGAGAUACUCCUUUAGAUUUGUCAAAUGAGUCAGCAGUUUGGGCGCAUUUGCAGAAUAUAAUUAGGGCUAAAGGGACGCUGGCUUGUUGGAAGUGCGGGUUCAAUCGCAGCCGUGCUAAGCUAUUUUUGGCGCAUGUAAAGACUUGUGAUGGCACUAGGCAUUUACUUGAUGAUUCUGCGAUGGGUGCGAACUUGAAUGGGUCAGUUACUGAUGAUACUACCUUAGGCCAAUCAGGAGGAAAGCGUACGGUGAAUUGUGGAGUGUGUAAAACAGAGGUUGUAAACUCAGCGUGGAUGGACCAUAUAUCUAAGAAACAUAAUUAUUUGGCUUGGCCACAAGGACAAGCUCCUAUAGAUUUCGGUGAUGAAGAAGUAGUGUGGAAUCAUUUGCAACAGUUUGUGAGGAGAUAUGGCGGACUGACAUGCCACAAAUGUGGCAUCGUGCGUAAACGAGUCAAAUUGUAUUUGACUCAUAUUGAAGAGUGUGAUGGUUCUGCAGAUAACCAAACGGACAUGGAUGAAAGUUUGAAUACUACAACCCAGUCUCAGUCAACUGAUGGCUGGUACGAAGUGCCAGUGGUACAGGAAGAAAGGAAAGUCAUUAAAUGCGGAGUUUGCCACGAAGAGGUUUCUAUCGUGGACUGGAUACAUCAUAUUGGCAAGGAACACAAUUAUCUGGCGUGGAGAGAUGGUUACAAACAAGUGAAUCUAGAUGAUGAAUCUGCGGUAAAAAUGCAUCUCCUCGAUAUUUCUAGAGAGAACAAUGGUUUGAAAUGCUACAAAUGUGAGAAAAAGAUUAAGUACCCCAAAGUAUAUUUGCAGCAUAUAAAAGAAUGCGUCAUUGGCGCGGAUACUUCUUGUAGUUGGAUUGAAGAAUUUAGUCAAAAAGAAGUAAAAGAUGAGAUUUUAACCUGCGGCGUGUGCGCAGCUGAAGUAGAAGGCUCUGAAUGGAUCACGCAUAUAGAGACUGUGCAUCAGUACUUGGCGUGGGUUGAGGGACAACCACCUAUUGACCUUAAAAACCAGGCAGCCGUACACCAGCACUUGUACGAAAUGACUAAAGUGUUGGGAGGUCUGGUCUGCCAGAAGUGUGGACUCAAGAGAAAGUACGUUAAGUCGUAUCAGGAACAUGUAGCGACAUGCCAGGGAAAAAAGAAAUUUACUGAGGUCUCAGUGGAGUUAAUGAGUAAAGACGUCAUAGAGUGUGGUGUGUGUGGGAAAACAAUGCCUCCCAAAGAAUGGAAGAGUCACUCCAUGCGUGAACAUUACAACAUCGCUUGGGUGGUUGGAGAUCCUCCCAUUGAAAUAAACAAUCCCUAUGCAGUGGAGAGUUAUCUAAAAGAAUACCAGUAUACUCACCACAAGUUGAUUUGUAAGGUGUGUGGUAUCAGCAGAGUGUCCUACGUCGGGUUCUACGCGCACAUCAUUGUAUGUGGGAAGUCGGAAAUGGAAACUGAGAUAUAUAAAAACACGUGCGAGAUAUGCAACAAUAAGUACUUGCGCAUAUACAAGAGUCAGCACAUGACUAUGCACAAAGAGAAGGAACUGGCGUUGGAACGCAAGAUACAAGCAGAAAAAGAGAGAGAGUUGAAGAGAGAGGAAGAACUUAACGAUGACAUCAUUCAUACUGGACGCAGGAAGGCAGCAGAAAAAGCAAAGAACGUGAUUGAAAAGUAUAAAAACAGUCUUCACCAUGGUACCCAUAGUUGUGCGAAAUGCAGAUUUAGUACAGAUGUUGAGAAGGAGUUGUUAGAUCAUGUUUGUGUGGAUAAAUGGGAUGAUGGAAGUGACUCCGAUGUUUCUGUGAAGUUGGAAAUGUGUUCUGAAGAGGAAACGGAUUCUGAAACCGAUACUGAGGUGGACUCCAAUAUAUCUGAAGAGGAACAGGAAGCUCGCGAGGAAUUCGCGAUCAAGAAGAAGAAGCACUCGGAUAACCAUGCGCAAAAAAUAAUUCGAUUACCAUACCAAGUCAAGAAUAUUACCGUUUACAUGAAGAGAAGUACUGAAGAAUUUAAAGAGAGGUAUCUGACAGAUGACGUUUUGUUCCCGAUGUGGCAUAAAUGUUUGUUGGAAGAAGUGCCUGAGAAUGAGAUCGUUAAUUACAUGCCGCCACUUGAAGAAUCCUGUAAAGUCAGGUUUAGCGAUAUCCAGGACUGGAUGACAUUCAAACGAUUUGAAGCGCGGAGCACUAAAGAUUUCUUAGUAAUGUUCGUGGGUGCGAGUAUUCAAGCUAUAUCGUGGGCACCUCCGAACCCAGACACGGAGGUAGCUUGCGGCCAGUCUCAGUUCCUGGCCGUGGCAGUGCAUCGCGGGCCUGAUGCACCGCGCCACGCCUGGGACACUACGCCGGUUGAACCGGGGCUUGUGCAAAUAUGGGACUGUGGGAACUUGAUUUCGUCUACAUUACGAUUUGCGCUUGGGAUAACGCACGACUUUGGAACAUUCUGGGCCAUCGACUGGUGCCCGUCGGGAGUGAGGGAUAUGCUCGAAGUCUUGCCCAAUACAAAUAAUAUGCAACGACUCGGGUUACUCGCUGCAGCCUGCUCUAAUGGAACCGCUUACAUCUUCGCUGUACCAUACCCAUCAACUGUAACAGAGAAGGAACUGCCUUUUUAUAAACUAAAGCCGGUUGUUGAACUCAGAUUAACAAAUGGAAAUAGAAAGGUUUAUCAGGCCACUGCUAUCAAAUGGUCUAUUCAAAAAGGACAUUCUCAAGUAAUAGUCGGGUAUGCCGAUGGUACAACGGCGUACUACGAUUUGAACAGUGACUCGCCCCUACUACGAAUCAUAGAAAAUGACGUGACAAUAUUUUACCCCUACCACGAUGAACGCGCUCAAAAUUCCCCCAUCGAGGACGUGGCGGAGUACCCGGGCGCGCGCGGCGCGGCGUGCGUGGGCAGCGUGAGCGGCGCGGGCGCGGGCGCGCUGCAGUCGCACGUGGCGGCGCUGCGCGUGCUGUACCCGCCGCACUGGCCCGCCGCGCUGCUCGCCGGGGACGAUUGUCUCGUAAACCAGUCCAUCAACGAGCUGGAGUGGUGGGGCGGCGGGCGCAGACUGGGCGGGUCGAGCCGCGCGGCGGGCUGCCAGUGGUGCGGCCGCGUGGUCUCCGCCGCGCCGCCGCUACUCAAACUGCUGAGGCUACAUCCUUGCUUCCCUGAUGUGUAUAAACAGGUCAUAGGAAAGUUCCAAAUGAUUCCACUUGGAAAUAAACGCAAGCGUCAAACGGACGAUCUGUCUUUGGUAGUGGAGCCGCUCACGUACUCCGAGUCCGCCAAGAAGUACGGCCUCCAGUUCCAACAGAUCACUGCCAGAGACCGGUCUUCACAACAGAAGCUGUCUGCGUUGCCACGAGAAGCAUUCCCUGAGCGUUUCCCGCUGUCUGACGUGGCAGCCAUGGCGUUCUGUCCCAUCCUAAAGCAACAUCAGAAGUUAGCUGUGGCCAUGCACGCCGGACUCAUCAUCAUCAUGAACGUAUGA